UUUGAUGGAUUUUUUAAAUCCUGUGGUAGGAAACUAUCUGGGGUUCUGUAACAUGAACUCAGUGUGUCGGGGAAUCGUGUGAAGGAGAAGCACUGACUGUACUAUUAAGGGCAAAUCUGAAGGGUGAAAGGAGCUGCAGUUUGAACAGGAUGUUGGCCUGGACGGUUCUAGGUCUGCUUAUAAUUCAAAUGCCAAGUGUCUUAACACUGUCAAAAGGAUAUACUUUAAUCAAUGAAGACUGUCCAGGGGCUGAGUGGAAUAUCAUGUGUCGAGAUUGUUGUGAAACGGAUCAGAUUGAAUGUGUUUGUCCUGGGAAGGAUGAGGUUGUGGGAUAUUCUGUCCCAUGCUGCCGGAAUGAGGAAGAUGAAUGCGACUCUUGUUUGAUACACCCAGGCUGCAUCAUCUUUGACAACUGUAAGAGAUGUAACAACGGAUCAUGGGGAACAUUGGAUGAUUUCUACAUCAAAGGACUUUAUUGCUCAGAGUGCCAUGCUGGCUGGUCAGGGGGAGACUGUAUGAAAUGUGGGGCUGUUAUAAAUGCUUCAAGAGGGCAGAUUGUUCUGGAAGGAUAUCCCAGCAACUCUCAUUGUGAAUGGACAGUGUCAGUGAAUUCCAGUUUUGCUAUUGAAUUACGAUUCUCCAUGCUGAGUCUGGAGUUCGAUUACAUGUGCCAAUAUGAUUAUGUGGAAAUCCGUGAUGGCGAUAACAUUGACUCCAGGGUUGUUGGAAAAUUCUGUGGAAAUGAAAGGCCUCCCCCAAUCAGGACUACUGGGAGCUCGUUACAUAUUUUAUUUGUAUCUGAUGGGUAUAAAAGCUUUGAUGGAUUUUUUGCUACAUUUGAGGAAGUUGAUGUGUGCUCCUCAUCUCCUUGCUUACAUGAUGGACUGUGUCUCCAGCUCGGACCAGCUUACUAUAAGUGUGCCUGUCUAGCUGGGUAUACAGGCAAAUGGUGUGAAAACAUGGUGAUAUGUAGGAAUCCCAUGGCCCCAGUCAAUGGUACAGUGGAAGGAGACGAUUUCCGGUUUGGUUCCCAGAUCUACUACAGUUGUGAUGCCAAUUUCAAGUUGGUUGGAAGUAACAUUGCCACCUGUCAACUGGAUGGGAACUGGAGCGUGAGUACACCGCGCUGUGAGAGCAAGAUCUGUCCUGACCCUGGUGUGCCACUGAAUGGGCAUCAAAAAAUUCUCCCAAGAAGCGGAAAUAUAAGCACAGGCUAUGUAACCAUUGGCACUAUUGUGCAGUUUGCCUGCAGAGAUUCGUUUAUUCUGAGUGGUAGUGCACAAAGAAGGUGUCAACAGGAUGGAACAUGGACGGGGAAGCAACCCACUUGUACAAAAGGGAACAAUGCCUGCCCUGACCCUGGUGUCCCACUAAAUGGCCAUCGAAGAAUUCUUCCAGGAAGUGGUCAUAUAAACCAGGGCUAUGCAACUGUGGGUACGAUCCUGCAAUUCACUUGCAAUUAUUUGUUUCUUCUGAGUGGAAGUGCACAAAUAAUUUGUCAAGAGGAUGGAAUGUGGACAGAGAAGCAACCAAUCUGCACAAAAGUGAAUAUCAACUGUACUGUCCCUGGUGCACCGCUAAAAGGUCAACAGAGAAUUCUCCUGGGAAGUGGGGAGAUCCACCAGGGUUAUGCAACUGUAGGCACCAUCAUGCAAUUCACCUGCAGUUAUUCAUUUGUCUUGAGUGGGAAUGCACAGAGAACAUGUCAACAGGAUGGAACAUGGACAGAGAAGCAACCCACCUGUGUAAAAGCUUGCAAACAACCUAAGCUUCCUAAUCUGGUGAAACAGAAAAUUUUGUCAACACAACCUCAGACCAGGAAGACUCCACUACAUAGACUGUUUUCUACUAUACAAGACAAGGAGCUAUCCCAAAUUUCUCCCACUAAAAUUCCUGUACAUCAUAUUGGGAAUCUUCCAGCAGGUUUCUUUCACCCCCACACACAGCUGGAAUAUGAGUGUAUCUCCCCUUUCUACAGGCGUCUUGGAAGCAAGAAAAGAACAUGUCUUAAAACGGGAAAAUGGAGUGGACGAUCACCAACAUGUAUUCCAAUUUGUGGAAAACUUGGCAACUUCAGCCUGCAGAAUCUACCCUCAAUGGCUUGGGCAUGGCAGGCUGCACUUUACCAUAAGAUGUCACGCACCAGCAACGAGAUCGUCAGGCAGCAGGCAUGGUUCCUCGCUUGCAGUGGGGCACUCCUGAAUGAACGGAACAUUGUUAUUGCCGCCCACUGCGUGACAGAGCUGGGAAAGGCGGUGGUGAUCAGCACAGCCGAUAUGAUGGUGGUCCUGGGAAAGCAUUACCAUGAGGAAGAACUGCAAGAAAAGAGCCGACAAUAUCUACAAAUUGCUGCAGUUAUUGUGCAUCCCUCCUAUGACCCAGUUCUGCUAGAUUCAGAUAUUGCAAUCGUCAAACUAAUGGACAAGGCCAAAAUCACCGACCAUGUGCAGCCCGUAUGUCUUCCUGAUGUAAAAGAUCUAUCAAAUAUGAAUACACAGGGAUAUGUCACAGGGUGGAGAAUGCAGCAUGAUGCCAACGACUCGGCUCAUACAAAUGACACGAUCCGUGUGGGCACUAUUGAAAUAGGCGAUUCUGUCCAGUGCGAGCAGCAGUAUGAAGACCAUGGGAUCUCUGUCAGCAUCACUGAGAACAUGUUCUGUGCCCGUCAGGAUCCAAAUGGAUUCUCAAACAUUUGCCCGUUGGAGACAGGUGGCGUGGCAACUUUCCCUGCUCCAGACAGGGCGGGCUCUGCUUUCACUUGGUACCUGGUAGGCUUGGUGAGCUGGGGCUAUGAGAAAGGAUGCAGUGAAGAACUUUUCACUGUUUAUACAAACGUCACUCCAUUCAAAGAUUGGAUUGAAAAACACCUGAAAUAAAGCUCUUUGCAUGAUGCAGCAUCUCAAAAAUCUUACAUGAACAAUGGCGUUCAAUUUCCAGUUUGCAUCAUCUGAAUUGUUCAAUAUGUUUACGGAUAAUCAAUAUUUACAUUAUAACUUUAAUCACUUAGCACAGAUCAUCCUUCUUUCCAAACAACUGAAUUGAUGGUACAGACUGUUUUGAGGAGAUGCAAAGCUAGACUGCCAAAUUACAAUGAUUUUAUAAUUCCACUGCAAGAAUCCAGUUCACUUUCCUCCUUUACCUCAAGCCAAGAUUACUUCUCUUUCGCUUCAGAGAAAAAAAAAUUUCUGCAUUCCCACAACCCAUGGAUCAAAUUUACUCCCUCUCCUAGAGUCAAAUUCACUUUUCCUCCCAUCAGAAAUCAAAUUUACUAUAGAACUGGCUACAACAUAGUUGGGUGCUAACCAGCAUUUUGAAAACAUUUAGCAUAACUUUUUUUCUGAUUUUCAAUGCCUUUGCAGUUCUCUCUUAAAGCCCAAGAUCAGAUUUUUUUUUAAAAGCGACAGUCUGUCCUA